GGAAUAUUUUAAUUUUAUUCUUUAAAACACUGUAAUACGAAUGAAGGAAUAUUUCAAGUAUAAUUAAGUCUUAAAUAAAGUUGAAAUAAUGUCUUUACAAGAAAAGGAAUGGUUUAUGGAAGCACCAUGGGGUAGGAUGUGCAUUGUAGCCUGGGGCGACUGCUCGGAUCCACCUGUUCUAGUUGUUCACGGCCACCUGGAUUCUGCUGCUAGCUUCCGGCCUCUGCUGAAACUAUUGCCGCGGAAGUUUUAUUACAUUGGUCUGGAAUUGCCCGGCCACGGAAAAUCAGAUCCGUACCCACCAGGACUGAUGAUUAACGUGUUAGAUUUCGUGUACCCCAUCGAGAUCGUCCGGAGACAUUUCCGUUGGGAAACUUUUGUGUAUAUUGCACAUUCCGUUUCUACCACUAUUGGUAGAUUCUACCAGCUGGCAUAUCCAAACCGCAUGUCCAAAGUAGUGGAGAUUGACCAAAUUUGGCCUAAAACAAUAGACCCAGAGGACUUUGCAAAUUGGUACGAUAAGUCCUUCACGUCGUAUUUUAAGAGAUAUGAUCAUUACAACAUGUCCAAGGAAAAACGCCCUACCCAUACUUGGCAGGAGGCAAUAGAAAAGCUUUGUAAAAACAGAAAUUUAACACCGGAGACUGCGCGUGCGACACUCGAGCGGUUUUCGGAGCCUGCAGACGAGAGGAAUCACCUUAUCAGAUACACGUUCGACGAACGCACCAAACUAACAACCCGGCCUGUAUUAUCAACUAAACAAAUAAAAAACCUUUAUGCCAAAAUCACUACACCCACUCUAGCUGUCAUAUCGAAAGGGUCUAUUCAAAAGGGAUUUUAUCAAACUAUACCUUUCUUACUCGAGGAAGAGCUAGAAAAUUACAAAGUAGUAAAAGUGGAGGGACAUCAUGAUGUCUUUAUAACUAACCCAGAAAGAAUGGCACCAUGUAUAAGUAAAUUUUUGCUAACUGGCUUAGAUGGAAUGGAGAGCAAAUCGAAAUUAUGAUUAGUUUAUGACAGUUUUGGAUAAAACAAUAAUAUAUAUAAAUAUUAAAAUAUAGAUGUUUUUAUUAUUAUAUCGCACUGCUAUUACAAUAGUGUCGUAACUCAAAAUAUGUGAAAUCCAAGAUUAUAUCAAAUCUGAACGUAAAUUUGAUUCAUUACACGUUAAUAAAACCGUUGUUAGAAACAAUUGAAUUUGGUACUCAAAAUA